ACGAGCCAUCCAUCCAUCCAUUCUUCAGCUCGGGUAUCGCUCCCGCUGUGCUGUCCGCCCGCGAGGAAGAGUCAGAAACGAAUUGACUGCCAGCCCAAAGAGGACACGGUCGACGGUUUGAUGCUUGAGGCUGCCUGUCGCCUAACCAAAACGUUGGUCGACGCCUAUCAGCACCACCUCUCCCGUUGAACCACGUUUUUGCGAAGGCUCAUCUACCUCCGCGAGGUAUCUUCUUCUCCUACUCUCCCAGUUUUUUUUUUUUUUUUUUUUUUUUUUUUCGUUGUUGCCUGCCGGCUGGCCCCAACGAUACACGUUCAUCAAACAGCACCAAACAAAAAGCGACUUUGCUGGCUUUGGCGCCAUCGUCCGCUGCCGGCACCGCCAUUUGCCUUGUAGGUUCUGGCGUGGUUGCUGCUCCGCCACUGAUAAAACAACUCCGCAGUCUCGUCCGCAGGCGCCACACCGUCCCAGUCCGCCGGCCGCAGCAGUCGUCAUCGUUGCCUUGAUCGUUCCAGCCGUUGUCUGUCCUUUUUUGGUUUGAUAAUCUUGCUGCCUCAAACCCGCGAACCCUGCCUGCCCGUCUGCCUGCCUGUCGUGGAGGCUCCAUCAAAGCUUUCAUACUUGCUGGGAAACCUUCCACCUAAGCAAACCCUUGCUUGACAGGCGCUGCUGCCGCGUUGUUUGCCCGCAGCGGAGCAGCCAUCACUGCCUUGUACAAGUAGUGCCUGCUGCCGACCGCGCCCCUCCACGUGAAAACCACCGCGACCCCCCCCAGCUUCCAUCGUCAUCAGGCAACCAACUUCUUCAUUCCACGCCUGUUCCCGCUCCCGCACUCGCUCCGUCGCUUGUCCCCUGACUAGCGGAUCAAACCGACGCCAGGCAGCAUCGCGCACUGCCCAUUAAACAACCCGUGCCACCCCGCCGACGGAGCCGAACUCGUGCCUUGGUGGCCUCGCCUAACCGCGAUCCCGACGAUUCCUCAACUGCCAACGACGACGCCGCCCCCGCGCGCGCACCUCACGGUAUCUCUGCCUUGUGCGACGCCGAUCCAAUCCUCAGCGGGAUCUUGGCCACCCGUCGUCGACCCUGACGCUCCCAUGUGAGGCGCUGGGCGUCCGCGCACCCCAACAUGUCGUCACACGCCGCCUCGGCUGCCCCUCACAGGCACGCCCGCGUGCUCGCCUGCGUCUUGUGUCAGCAUCGCAAGAUCAAAUGCGAUCGGAAUUUCCCAUGCGCAAACUGCGUCAAGGCCAACGUCACCUGCACGCCCAGCACGCCCGCUCCGGCCCGCAAGCGCCGCCGUCCGAACCAGGAUCUCCAGGAGCGUCUCGCGCGAUGCGAGGAGCUGCUCAAGCAAUAUGCCGGCGCUGCCCCGCCGCCGACGGAGCAGUCCCCCCCGGAAAACCAGGUCAAGCCGGAGCCCUCGGACACGACGCCGAUGAGCACCGACACGCAGCAGAGCUGGGCACCGGCCUGUCAGCUGGUCAACGAGGACAACGGCCCCCGGUUCAUGGACAGCUUCAUUUGGGCCAGCAUAUCUGAGGAGCUCCAAGCCAUGCGCGACAUUGUCGAGACAGAAGACCCCGAAGAUUCCAGCAUACUCGGCUCCGAGGAGUUGACUCCCGACAACAACACAGACCUCUUCUUCCAGAGCGACGUGUCCACCAGCAUCGAUGAGCUCACUCCGGAACCCGUCCACAGCCUCAAGCUAUGGCAGCUUUUCCUGGAACGGGUGAACCCUCUCACAAAAGUCAUCCACGUCCCAACAGUGCAGCCUAUUGCCAUGGAAGCGGCGACCAACAUGGCCAAUAUUCCCUUUCACGCCCAGGCCCUUCUUUUUUCCAUAUACACCAUGGCCGCCUUCUCCCUCACAGAUUCAGAAUGCAUACAGACCCUUGGCAUUUCGCGAGAGGCGGCGAUGCAAAAAUUCACUGCCGGCUUCAAAGGGGCGCUAAUGAGGUUGAAUUUCCUCAAGAAUUACAACAUGACUGCCCUGCAGGCCCUUGUGCUAUUCCUGCAAUCACUACAAGGACGGUAUGACCGACACGCCGCCUGGAUUCUCUGCGGCACCGUCGUCCGCAUCGCUCAGAAGAUGGGCUACCACCGCGAUGGUGAGACCCUCGGACUCGACCCUUUCGAGACGGAAAUGCGGCGGCGCAUCUGGUCGCAGCUCGUCAUCCAGGACUCCAAGUACGCCAUGAUGUCGGGGCUCACCCAGUCCAUACCUCCAAGUACCUGGAACACACAAUUGCCUCAGAAUUUGAGCGAUUCCGACAUCUAUGCCGGAAUGACAGAGCCUGUGCGUCCGCGUGACGGGCCGACCGAGAUGGCCUUUGUCAUCAUGGUCAACGAAAUCUUCAAGUUCAAGCUGGAAAAGGACAACAGUUCUGACGGACGGGCCUUUGAGGCCGCCCUCAUGGGCCAAGACCUGGACGGCGAAUCCGACUCUACCGAUGUGCACCACACCAUAUUUGCAAAGUUCCGUGCCUCGGCCGAAGCCCUUGAGAGGAGGCUCGCCGAGCUCGAGGCUAAAUAUGUGGACAGGAACGCCGGCCCUGUCCACAAGGCGGCGCUUGCUCUGCGGCCGAUGAUGACGAACAAGCUGUCGGAGAUGUUGGUACCGAUGCGUGAGCAGCCCGAAUACGGCACCGAAAUCUUUGGCCCCAAGGACAACCUGUUCAAGGUUUUCAUCAUGGGCAACGAGCACAAGAUGGAGGCCAUGGACGUGCUCAAGGACACGGGGUUCCUGUGGUGGGUGAAGCUGCAUUUCCAGGUGGACGUUCUCGCCCUCAUGAUCGCGCAGCUCUGCCGGCGGCCGACGGGAAGCCUCGCCGACCGCGGCUGGGCCGUCCUGGAGCGCGUAUACGACUAUCACGAGGAGCUCUACGACAUGACGCAAAAACAGAACCUGGUGCAGGUGCAGUAUGUCCUCAAAGCGUGGAAGAUUCGCGAGCAGGCCUACGCCAGGGCCGGCCGGGCGAUCCAGGCGCCGCCUUUCAUCUUGCAACUCCGCGACAUGUUGCCGUCCCACGAGCCUCGGUCGUCGACGAAUUCGUCAGCGACGCCGCCGAUGGCCUCGCAGCCGCCGAUGCAGCACGCCCAGCAGCCCAAAGCCGAGCAGGCGAUGGGUUUCCAGCCCGCCAACGACCUUGACCCAUUUAUGAGCGGUUACCUCGACAUGUCGACGCUCGACUGGGGCGUGUUUGGCGACAUGAUCCCCAGCGGAGGCGACCAGCUCUCGGCGGCCAUGUUCAGCGGUCUCGGGCUCGGCAACACGCCCAUGGAGGGCAUGAGCGUUGUCGACAACAUGGGCAACCCGAGCCACUUUUGAUGCGCCAGCGGCAUAUAUUGGCGGUACCGGAGUUGUGAGAAGAGAAAAAGACUGCGCGCAUGCGCGAUGGUGUGCGUGUGUGUGUGUGCGCGCGCGCCGGAGGAUAACGAUGCGUUUUCCGGGCGUUUUUAUGGCGAUAUACUAUGAUUGAUAUACAACGGAGGACUGGCAUCUCCCCCCUCCUGGAAUCCAUGGAUAUGGACGGCCGGCCGGCCGGCUGGCUGGCUGGCGGAGUUUUCAAACGGCCACCCCACUCGCGGCGAGUGACGGACUGACUGACGGACGGACGGACCAACUGUACACUACCUGAGGUGUCUCUCCCCCUGUACUCUUAUCUUCCAUGUGGAAAUGCACCAAUACAAAAACUCUACUAUAAGGACUCGCUCGACGUUGUCAUCGUCAUCGCUGGGCUUCUCUCCCCUGACUGUACGCUACGCUGUUUUGUUGUUACGUUGGUUGUGUACUGGGGUGGGUGAAGGAGGGCUGGGGUUGUGCUGGUGAAGGUCUUGCUCGGAUGCACGAGAUGAUGGACAGAGGUUCAACUUGUGAUGCGCGCUGCCGUGACAGGUGAAGCAACGAAGUACGAAGUACAGUAUACUCUUCAUGCUGUACCAGGUUGAUGGAUGACCUGCUGGAUAAUCUCCGGUCAGGCCCCACGGCACGUGACCCCCACAUCGCCAGACCCCCCCCCCCCCAGCAAUAAAUUCUAACGUCCAAACUUUUUUCUCCCCCUUCCCUUCUCCUUUUCCUCUCCAGAUAGUCACGAGCCGCCCGCCGUGCGCUGCCCUACUCGCGCCUUUCCGCCGGGGCAGCGGUCCGAUCGGCAACCUCGGGGCCCUUGGGUCCCUCGUGGGCGGCUCGGAGAGGAAAGCUGAUCCUUCGUUAAUCUCGACGCCUUUGUUGGUCCCGUCUGGGUGUCGUUUCAUUCUGAGAUCUACAUGCUGAACUGAACCCCUGCCUGCGUUUUUGUGCUGCUGAGAGAGCGUGUCUAGACCCGGAGUAUACUCGCCGCGCCCCCUUGUGUGGGCCGAAUUGAACCCUUC